UCUUGAAGUUUAGGAGCAAAAAUGUAGAACGAGAAAGAGCGCGGGCAGAGUCCAGGGCUCCGUGAGCCGGGACCCCGGCGGGAAGCACGGAGCCCAGGUGUCCGCCUCUCCGCCCCAGGCAACGCCGGAGCAACUCGGGAGAACCGGACGGGAGAAGCCGUCGAAGGCGUGGGGCAGAGCCGGUGGAGCCGGCCACAGAAAACACUGACGCGAGGGUGACCGGCGCAGCUAGCAUACACAGCUCGUCUCGCGUCUCCACACACCUACCUCUUCCGGGUUUGUCACUGAGGCGGGCGGAGCGCGGAUGCGGAAAACGCCGCACAGAGCUCGGGGAGGAGGCUCGAGGCGCAAGCCCUCGGCCUGGACUCUUCCUCGAGUGGCCGCAAGGGGGCGCGCUGGCCGCUCUGGCGACUAAGCGGGGAGGGGGCGGUCGCCUUGGAAACUGAGGACGUGCGGGAAGGCUGAGAGCUGGCACCUCCAAGACCUGACUGCAGUGGAUCUUCUUUAUAUUCACUACUCCUCUUUGAAGAUAUAUUUCUUAAUAGCUAACUGGAACAAUGGAAAGCAUGGGGAAAGCAAAUAAAAAGGAUAUACAAAAUGGACCAUCAAAAGAAUUCAAACUACCUGCCAGUGAAGCACUUCUAGACUAUCACCGUCAAAUAAAGGAAAACACAGUGGAGAGAUUCAUGUUUCAAAUUAAGAAGCUUAGGGAAAAGAACCAAAAGUAUCAAGAAAGAAAUAGACGCUUAAAGGAGGAACAGAAUUGGCACAUAAAGAAUCUACUAAAGGAACUGAAUGAGAAGAAGUCAGAUGGAUUACCAGUUGUAACAAGAGAGGAUGUUGAAGAGUCAAUGAAGGAAAAAUGGGAGUUUGAAAGAAACCAGGAAAAGAACUUGAGAGAUAUGUGCACACAAAUAAAUAAUGCUGAGAAACUGUUUCUUGAGAAACUCGGUGAAAAGGAAUAUUGGGAAGAGUACAAGAAUGUAGGGAGUGAACAACAUGCUAAACUCAUUACCUCCUUACAAAAUGACAUCAAUAAAGUUAAAGAGAAUGCAGAGAAAAUGUCAGAACAGUAUAAAAUCACUCUGGAAGAUGCUAGAAAGAGAAUAAUCAAGGACACUUUGCUGCAACUGGACCAAAAGAAGGAAUGGGCCAUACAGAAUGCUGUCAGUUUCAUUGACAGGGGUAGUUAUCGAGAGAUCUUGGAGAAUGACUGGCUAAAAAGAGAGACUGCAAUUCACAGGACUGAGGUUGAUGAAUUAGAAAAUACUAUUCAUGAACUGGAAGAAGAAAAUUUGGUGCUUAUUGAUCAGCUAUUCAAUUGCAGACUUGUGGAUCUCAAAAUACCCAGGCGACUAUAUCUUAGUCAAGGUGCUGAACAGGAAGUACCACCUGAAGAAAUGCCUUUGGAACUGGCAGAAACAUAUAUAGAAGACAAGUCAAAAUUGCAACCCAUAGGAGAAUGUAGAGACACAUCGAGCUCAUCAGGUGAAAGCAAUUCCAUCCAACUCAGCCUUGAAGACAGUGGCAGAAAUGUCCAGAACCUAAAGAUAGAUGAAGUGGACUGCUCAUGUACAGAGUUUGGGGAUUCUCACGUGAAAUAUUUACUGUAUGAGGAUGAGUGGGAUUUCAAGAACUGUGACAACCUAAACUGGCCGUCAAAGAGAACCAAACAAGAGAUAAGGAAACAGACCACAAGAAGUCCUAAGAUUAUAGGAGGAAAUAUUAAUGGACUGGACCAAAAACAAACACCUUCUAUCUACAGAAAUGUUUCCAAGUUUAAGAGGCAUCCUUUUAAAGUUCCUUUUGAUAGAUGUGAAUCAUGAAAAUUUAUGUCAACUGUUACUCUAAUGAAACAAGAUAAAAAUUAAAAAUUUAUCUACAAUGCACACUGCUUUGCUACUUAUUGGAAAUGUGGCACUUACGUUUGGUUAAAAAAUAUCCAAUCUGUGUUCCACAUAUGGGCUUGAGGCUACCUAUAUUACCUAAAUUAUAUAUUGAGCUUUCACUAAAAAUGCCUGAUUUCUACGAUUUUAAAAAGAUGCUGUCAAAUAAGAGUCAUAAUUAAGGUUUCAAAAUAAUGAAUUAUGAAUUAUUUACAAUCA